GAAAAACACCCGACGCUAUUAGCAUUGACAGUACGGGCUAAGCUGCUACGGAUACGCGGAUGUUAGCUACAGUAACCGCCGCCGCCGCUUUGUGUACAGAGAGAAAGAGGGCAUGUAGUGAGAGAACGGACGGGAGGACUGCGAUGGAGCCGUGCUCGUGACAGAAAUCUCUCCAGGUUGUGCCAAAAGAAGGGAAGAAGCGAGUUAAGAUGAAGAGCCGUCGCGGAGUGGGUGUUCUCCUAACGGUCUGGGUGCUGCUGGUGGAGUGUAUAGAGGCUAAGAAGUACUGCUGGUAUUUUCAAGAAGGAUACCCCACAUACUUCAUAUGUCGCUCUUACGAGGACUGCUGUGGGACUCGCUGCUGUGUCCGAGCCCUCUCCAUCCAGAGGCUGUGGUAUUUCUGGCUGCUGCUGAUGAUGGGCGUGCUCUUUUGCUGUGGAGCCGGCUUUUUCAUUCGGCGACGCAUGUAUCUGUCUCCUCUCAGUGAAGAGCCUGCCUUUAAUGUGUCUUUCACCAGACAGCCUGUGAGCACACCAGUCUCUCAGCAGCCUGGUAUUCAAGGCUACGGUGACCCCGGCGGUGCCAUGAUGAUGCCUCUAACCCCUGCUUACCCUGGCCAACCCAGCACAGCCCACAUGAUGAGCUCCUACCCCCCACCUCCGUCCUACUGCAACAACCCUCCGCCCUCCUACGACCAGGUCUUCAACAGCACAGAGAAAAAGUAGGGCCAGGCCUAUGCAAAGGCAUGGGGCGUGGCGUGCCACACCAGAUCACUGGUCUGAGCCAAGACGAUACCACUCCGCCCAACAGCUCCAGCCCUCGAUGGCCCUCGAGUAGUGGAUUGUGAGAUUUUUGCUUCUUUUAGGAUACCAGCAUUUUAACCCUUGCCCACCUGUUUCUUGUUCAACCUUAUAGAGGUGAAUUAUGGCCAUGGUUAUGCUUUUCUUUUUUUCAGACCCUUGAUAUAAAUGAAGAAAGUUCAAGAUUCAACAUUUUUGACAGGAAGGACAUGGCAGAGUGUGAAUAAACUGCAUGUGAAGAUCAGGAACGGUUGUACUUGGAGUAUUUAAACUUUAGUAUUUUCACAGGAAGAACUGAAAGAAGCCAAAUGAUUGUUUGCACCAUGUUACGUCCCCAGUUAUUUAACUUGAAUCAGAAGAAAAUGAGCCGGUUGUCAUUUCAGUGUUGAUUGCAUCCGUCCAGAUGAUUUGGUGGACUGAGGGCGAACUUGCUUUAGACAGAGAAAUCGGACUCUUUGCCUGGAAGACUCUCAGUAAACCACCUUCACUUACCCGAGAGCACGUUCUUCAACUCCAGCUGCAGCAUAAGGAGGACCCUCUGUGGAGGAGCACAACCAAGAGCACGAAAAGCAAGAUGGGGGUCUUUUUAUUAAUGAAAUCAAGCACAAAUUACUCUCUCUUCUCUCUCUUAUCCCACCCACUCUCUAAAGCCAUGUGAUUAAACAUCUCCGUCACACUCCAGGGUGUAUGUACUUUCUAAGCACAUUUGUGGAUUUCUUAGCACAGUCAAGUCCUGCUCUUGAAGGAAAUACAAGAUAAUAGAUAUUGAAGUUGUACCCAGCUCACAGAGAACAUUAUAAGCAUUAUAAGCAUUUUCAGGAAGCUCUAGCCUGUAAUGUUACAGAAGUAAUGUUCCAGAAUCAAGGUUCUGCAUCACAAUGUUAUUAGAACGUUUAACAUUCCCAAAACGAAAGGUUAAAAGUGACAUUACAAUGAAGUUACCAUAAUGUUUAAAGACUUAAAAAAAAAACUUCUGAAAAACAUUCACAAAACUUUACAGAUUAUACAUUUUAAGAACAUUUACUGUAAGAAUCAGAAAACGUUCUACUAACCAAAAUUUGUAAGCUGGGAAGGAUAAUGAGGAUGAUGCCCAAAUCUGCCCAAGUCCAGACUGAGCUCUUUUGUGUCACCCAGCAUGCAUUCUUAUUAUUGCAAUAGUCAACCUGGACUAAAGCCACUAAAAUAAAGCACUAAAUUCAAUUACAACACCUAUAGUUCCUUCAGGUUUAGUUUUUGAACUCUUAUUUCUGCAAGGUAAAUGAAUUAAAGAAAAAUCCAGGCAUAAAGAGUCAGACUGGUGGUGAUCUGAUUAUUGUUCCCAUCCCAUCAACAAGCAAUAGAAUCAUAUAUAUUUAGGUUGUGCCCUGCUUUCGCACUAGCAAGCAACAGUAAAACAGGAGAGCACGUGGCAAGCAACAAAUCAACUUAAGAUUUUUUCAACUUCAUGCAGUUAUGCAUUAUGACGCAGUGAAAUGACAUUCCAACCAUUCUAAUCUCCAAAAAAAUGUCAAACUGGUUCCAGAUAUGGGGGUACACGGUCCCCAGCUUCUCCUCUCUAAACUUUUUUUUUUAUUAUUCCUACCAGGAUUUAAUUCCAAUUCCCAACAGUGUGAUGCUAAACAUGGAAGCCACUAAAUAGGGACAAUUAAAGAAAAAUAAUAAAGCCUCGAAGAAUGUUAUAGAGGUUUGAGGGUUCUUAACCUUUUCUACUGUGUGGUCUCCACAGGAGAAGUACCGAAGUACUAAACAGAUCGAAUUAACUUUCUUAAAAUUGGAUCUCAAAUGGUAAAAAAAAUAUAUAUAUAUAUAUAGUUUUCUUUUACUGUUGGUUUGACAUCACAGGGUCACAUUUUAAAAAAAUUCUAAGGUGAAAGUAAAAAAAAAAAAAGGCCAGUGUUGUGUUAAAAUCUGACUCCCCUUUCCCACGGACGCAUGUCACACAACGGUAUGAGUACAACAGGCUGUGCUGGUGAUUUCUGUAUCUGCUGUAACUGUAGAUUAACCUUUAUAAAUAAACAGAAAAAAAGAAACCAGGAGGCGAACUGUUACUUUCAUUCAGCUGUUUACUUGUGUAAAGGUAGUAAAAUUUUAGUACAGAAACCAAAAUCAGUAAAAACACCUGAAAACAUAAAAAAUCACAGGAUGUAGCAAAGAAACUGAAAAUAACUGAGUAAAUACUGUAUAUAACUUACAGGUGUGAAAACACUUGUAAAAAAAAACCCAGCAGCACUGAGUUUUGAGAUUCCUUUUGAGAGAAAUUAAGAGCACUCUUCUUUUAUUGAUGGUUUUGAAGAAGAACAAGCUAAACUUUCUAAAACAGCAGAAUUGGAGAUUGAAAACACCUCAGCAUUGGACAUGUUUUUGGAGAAAGUAGAAGCACAAGCCCUGGCUAGAACCCCUGCUAAAAAUUGCAUUCAAUUACUGGGCUCCUUUCACAGUAACAUGUCAGCUUUCUUUGACAGAAAGAUAGAAUAAGGAGGCAAAUCUGGCCAAUAGUAUGCUCACCGUCUGACAGAGAAGAGUUUGGAAACUGUGAGCCGGUUUAAUAUUAAACAUUUCAGUUUAAUGAUGCCAAAAUAUAGAGUCUUAGAUUUCAUGCUUUUAUUUAAGUAAAGGAAACUGAACCCUAAACAGAACAUUUGCAGUGUCUUUCAGUACAGUGUUUUGGAGGAGAGAUUUAGGAAGAAGGUGAUGUUAAAAGUGUAUUUUAAAAAGUGGUUUAUUGAUGUUUAAUGAUUGAGUAGCACAUCUUCUAGCAUUGCUGUAUGGAACUGAAUGUUUGGGCAGUAUGUUGUGUGCUGGUUUUUGCCCAUGUUGAUUAUGUAAACUUAAUUUGUAGGGCUUUUCUAUGCAAAUGAAAGACAGGGUCAGUCUGCUGUAAGUAUGAUUUAUUUCAGUGAUUUGAUGGGUUGGUGGUUUGUUCUAAUUUUGCUAUCAGUGUAUCAAGCUUGCCUGGAAAGAUACUGUCACUGUUACUUAAAAUUACUUUAAUCCAGUGAUUUUUUAUUAUUAUUUUUUUUUUACAUAGUGACUCACUUUAUAAGAAUUCAUGGAUCAAAAAAAAUAUAUUUUUUGGACUAUAAAGUGCACCAGAUUAUAAGAUGCACUAUCAGUGUACGUUUAUUUUCUGGGGUCCCUACAUCGAAAUGAGCAAGGGUAGCAUCAUGUUCCUCUUCUAAUGGGGAAGCGCCUAAGUAAACAAAAAAGUGUAAUUCUUAAAAAAAAAAAAAUAUAUAUAUAUAUAUAUUAUUAAGUCAAACGAGUGCUAGAUGUUAAUCUACACAGAUUUCUCUCCUGAAAACUGUUUAUUUGGGUGAUUAAAGCGCUUCCAUUUAUUUACAGUAAGCUUAGAAUUACAGUAUUUUGUUCAAGGGUGAGCGCUAGCCACGGUUAGCAGUGCUAGCCAGCCGCAGUUAGCGCUAGUAAAUGCUAAUGCCGCUUUACUCAGCUUCAUUGCUAAAGAAAUUAGCUUUACUGCUUCUUACAACCUGACCGGUAAAAUUCAUACAUAAGGCGCACCUGAUUAUAAGGUGUACUGAGGAUUUUGGGGAAAAUUAAAGGGUUUUAAGUGCACCUUAUAGUCCAAAAAAUACAUGAAUUCAAAAUGAUUGAAAAUUAAAUCUUCUUAGAGUAACUUCCAUUGCAAGUUAAGUUUAUUUUCCUCUGCUGUAAAGUUGUGUUUUUGGACAUACAAGGUUUUUGUAUGAUGUGACAAGAGAUGAUAUGCAAGAAACAUGAGAAAGCGUUACUCUGAUAAAUUAAGUGAAGAUUUAGCUCCAAAAAAAAUAAAUAAAUAAUAAUAACUGACUCAGUUUUCCUUCACCUUUUGUCUACAAUAAUGAUGUCAAGAUAUGACAAUUUCAAUGUUGCAUCCAUUAAAACUGUCAGUAAUUAUGACAAUGUAACACAACGUCACAGAGGACACCAUUUCAUCAUGAAUACAGUAAUAAAUCUCCCUCUCAUUUUCCUUCUCUGUUUCAUUCUCUUAAGAUGAUGCUGAUUUUGUUUUUUGAUGCAUCUCUUUAAUCUGUUAUUAUACAGGUAAAGGAAGAUAUUUUCUUAAAGAUCCAGCUUUUUUUUUUUUUCUUGUAUUUUAUUUUUUACCGAUGGACUGUCUACUUAUUACAUCUGCACAUCUUUAUUUCCACAAUCUCGUCAUAAUUCAAAUGAAUUCAUUUAUUCAAAUCCUUCAUUUUCUUUUGCUUGUAUAUAUGAAGAUAUUCUGAUGAAUGAUAAAUGAGCUCUGUUCUGA